CUGCUAGUUACCGAUUACCAUGGUAAUAGCGCACGGUACAGUUCUAGAUAUCCAUCACAACCCUCGCGGGCCUCCCUACCCUUUUGCUCCGACGCACCCUGAGGACUAACCCACUGGCUAGUAAGUAGCAUAGUAGUGAGCCGAGACAGCGCGGAGGCUUGACGCGCAGAGUAGUUGCCACCUGACCGAAAACGCCUGCACGCGCACGGCGCCCCGGCUCAUGCUCCGGGCCAGCCGCCCGGCCCUUCGCGGUCCGCGAAAGCUAGCUCAGCCGCUACGCGCCGGGCCGGUGAACCCGACCCAAAUCCGAAGGCUUGUGGGCCUUGCGCCUGCCCAGCGGAGCGGGCUAGCGCCGCGCCCUCGCGACCUACCUCCGCCAUUCCAGACUGCCGGCGGCACAGGGCGUCGCUCAGUCGUCAUGUCUUCCUUCCUCAGUGAGGCGCUGAAAGGAGCCAAGGCGGACAUUGACAGCGCCGGCUCAGAGCUGGCCCCGCGGCUGGCCCGCACGGCGCGGGUGGCUCGCAUCCUGGGCGCGGAGCUGGCGGCAAUUGUGGCGCUGGCGCCCUACGGGCUGUACUCCAUGUCCAUUUACAAGCGCCUUCCGGCCCUGGAGCCGCCGCCGGCAGGCACGGCCCCCGACGUGGCGGCGGCGGCGCUGCAGCAGCAGCGGCGGCGGCUGCCGCUGGCCCGGGACGGCGUGGCUGUAGCACGGCAGGUGCGCUACGGCCCCGCCGCCCGCAACUACGCUGACAUCUACGUGCCGCUCAGCGAGUUACAGCCACCGGCUGCUACUGCCGCUACUGCUGCGGGUGCCACCGCUACUGCUGGCGCUGCUACUGCUGCUACUGCCGCUUCGCAAGGGCAAGGCCAAGCGCAGGCGCAGGGACAGGCGCCGUUGCGUCCUGUGGUGUUCUUCGUGCAUGGGGGCGUGUGGGCGAGUGGCGAGACGUGGCAGUACGCGCCUAUGGCCACUCGCCUGGCGCAGCAGGGCCUGAUUGUGGUUGUGCCCACCUACACCCUGUACCCGGACGCGCUGACGGGCACGAUGGUGGAGGAGGUGAGCGCCGCCCUCUCCUGGACCCUAGACCAUGUGGCCGAGUACGGCGGAGACCCCGCCCGCGUCUCCGCGGUCGGGCACUCCGCAGGAGGGCACCUCGUGGCAUGGGCGCUGCUGCGCCGCGCCGCGGCGGCAGCCGCGGCGGCGCCGCCGGCGCAGCUGGCGCCGCCGGCGCGGCCUGCGGCCGCGGCCGCGGCCGCGGUGGCUGCAGGCGCCGGAGCGACAGUGGCGGUCCAGCAGGCUGUGGAGACCGGCGGCCGCGCGGAGAGCCGUGCGGCCACAGAAGCCCCGCACUGGCCAGCGCCGCAGCGGCGGGCGCAGGCCGCAAAGGAGGAGGAGCCGCAGGGCUACUACGCUGACCAUCCCGCCGGCGACGGUGUGGAGGCCGGGUCCUACCUGCUGGGCGGCGCCGCGCCCUCCCUGCCCGGGGCCCUGCACGCGCUCCGCACACUCGCCGAUUCCCAGCUCCACCCCCGCCCAGGCGUGGACGUCGAGCCCUCCUACGACGAAGCCGACGUCAGCAACAACGGCAACGGCAGUAGCGGGGUUGGUGGCGGCGGCAGUAGCAGCCGGGGCGCGGCGGCUGUAGCUGCCGCGGCGGCGGCGGCGCCGCACCGCGGCGAGGUCGACGUACGAAUGCCGGCGCUGUUCGUUGGGAUGAGUGCGGUGUACGACAUUGCCAAGCACUACGAAUUUGAGAAGGCUCGGCACGUGCACGAGCUGUCUAUGAUGAAGCGUGCGGUGGGCGGCCCCGCGGGCUUCGCCGCCGCCUCGCCAUCCGUGAUUCUGGCGGAGGCGAUGGAGGUGGCGGAGGCGGAGGCCACCGCCGCGGCGGUGGGGGCUGGGGCUGGGGCAGGAGGUGCAGACGGCGCGAGCGGGCGGCUGGAGGGGUGCGGCAACGCUGGUGGCGGCAGCGGGCAGUAUCUGAAGCACCCGGGCGCUCACACCCCCCAGCGGCACACGGAGUUCUUUCACUCAUUUGAGCUGUUGGGAGAUGCCAUUCCCGCCCGUGCCGGCCUGCCCGCCGCCGCUGGCGCCUGCCCCUCUCACGGCGGCCCCGCUCCCUCCAACGGCGCCCGCGCAUACGCUCCUGCAGCCCUUGCAUUAGGACCGCAGCAGCAGCGGCAGCAGCAGCAGCAGCAGCAGCAGGAGCAGCAGCAACAGCAGCAGCAACAGCGGCAGCAGCAGCAGGAGCAGCAGGGGCAGCAGCCUCGCUUCACGGUUGCGGCGGCGGCCUGGCUGCCGCCGUGUGUGGUGAUGGGCAGCUGCGCAGACCAUAUGGUGCCUUGGCACGAGGGGGCGGAGCUGGUGGCACGGCUGGACAGCUGCGGCGUGCCCGUACGGCACCUGCUGUACAACCACGUGGGCCACGGCGAUUACGUCAUGGCCUGGAAGCCGCUGGACGUACGGCGGCAGCAGCUGCCGGCAGCUGCCGCCUCGGGAUCCACUGCUGCGACAUCUGGAUCUGGAUCUCAGCAGCAGCAGCAGCCGCUGGCGUCGGACUGGGGCUCGCUGCUGCCCUGCGCUCGUGACCUGCUGAUGCUGGUGACGGGCCGGGUGCGGCCGGUGGCGGGCGUGGCGGCGGCGGGCGUGGCGGCGGCGCCGAGUGGCGGCGCGGGUGGCGGGAACGGCACGUCGUCCGGGCAGAGCCAGGGGCAGGGGCAGCAGCCGGUGCUCGAGUCGCAGGCGGCUCGCGCUCGGCUGUAGGCCAAGGCGCGGUGGCGCGAUGGCCAGCGAGGUUGGGUACUUCGUAGCGUUCUUUGUGUUGAGGCGGAGGAAACUGGGGAGUUGUUGUUAUUGCAAUGUUGGACACACAUUGGCACAUGCCAAAGCAGCUGGGCAGGGACGGAGGGUGGCACGGGCUUCCUCUGAUGACAUGAGUUAUUGGCAAUCGGCAGGUGCUGACCAGUGUGAAAUGCUGAAGCUGUGCGUGUGUACUUCGCUUGCGUUGAUGCGGGUUGCGUUGCUGUUACAGUGUUAC